AUGUCGGUCAAGACCGUUGGCUAUAUCGGCCUUGGAAAGGCGGGUGCCUCAAUGGCAUCCAACUUGCCUCGAUCAAGCUUCAAUCUGGUUGUGCGGGACGCCGACCCAGCGCGAGAAAAGGAGUUCGCCUCAAAGUAUCAGAAUGUUACCAUUGCCGAGCCAGGACCCAAUGCAUUCAAAGACUGUGAUGUGGUCAUCACGAUGCUGCCCCAUGGUAAAGUCGUCCGAGAAGUGGUUUUGGGCGAAAACGGGAUUGCAAAGGGUCUGAAAUCCGGAACCAUCAUCGUUGAUACCUCGUCGUCUUCACCCUACGACACACAAAGCUUAGGAAAAGAUUUGGCGGAUCUGGGGUUCGUCCUUGUCGACUCGCCGGUCACUCAGAAGCAGCUCCACGACACUGACACGGGCGAGGCCACGCUGAUGGUCGGAACGGAUUCCCAGGAAGCAUUCGAUAAGGUCCUCCCGGUUCUACAGGCCAUGGCGAAAUGGGUCUUCCAUAUGGGCAAACUCGGUGCCGGACACGCCAUGAAGACGCUUAACAACUACACGAGCGCCGGUGCUAUUGUUGCUUUGUCGGACGCGCUCGUGGCAGGACAAAAGUUCGGCCUUGACCCGGUCCAGAUGAUUGACGUCCUUAACGUCGGCACAGGACGAAACUUCUCGACAUCGGACAGUUACGCCACCGAUGCCCUACCCAAACGAUAUGCAACCGGGUAUCAACUUGCACUUUUGGUCAAGGAUAUAGGUAUCUCGAAAGAGCUCUUCGAGAAGGUGGAUUUUGAGACCGAUAUGCCGGAUCUGAUCCUCAAGUAUUUCAAGGAAGCGCAGAACGGACUUGAGCCGACGGCUGACCACACCGAGCUCUUGAAGAGUUGGGAGAAGAGAGCCGGCCUCACAUUGAAAGUUGGCACUCCAGACGGCUCUACCGUCACCGCAUUGAAGCAGUGA